CCGCUGAACUGCAGGACAGGAACUCCUCCCUAUCGCUGGGGGGCAGCACCGUUAGAGGCCGGACACAUGUUUAAAUAAAACUGCAUUUCCCGGCAGGCUGUUCGGUAUCGACCUUGGAUUUCAUCGAGCUGCAGCAUGUCGAGCAAGGAGCCGAAUCGCUUCAUCCAGCACCUGAGGGACCUGACCGGCCGCAUGUCUUCAUCUGGAGGCAGAGGAGCCGGACUGGGCCUGAAACUUCUGCUGGGAGCUGGAGCCCUGGCCUAUGGCGUCAGAGAAGCCACCUACACAGUGGAGGGCGGCCAGAGAGCCAUCAUCUUCAACCGGAUCGGAGGGAUGCAGAUGGACACCAUCCUGUCAGAGGGACUCCACUUCAGGAUCCCAUGGUUCCAGUACCCGAUCAUCUAUGAUAUCAGGGCUAAGCCCAGGAAGAUCUCCUCGCUGACCGGAAGCAAAGGUAAGGAUGAUGAUGAUGAUGAAGGUCUGCUGUCAUGGUGGUGAUUAACCUUUAACCUU